AUGCAUUUGUCGGUGAUUUCCCCGAUACGGACGACGAAGAAGCCGCGCGUGCCGAGGCGAACCGUAAGCGCAAUGCCAAGAAGAAGGCCGCCAAGAAGAAGAAGUUUGCGGCGAACAUGUUGGAAGACAGCGAAGAGGACAGCAAGGCCAAGGGUAACAAAAAGUCGAGCCCUGCCACGACGGACCUGUCGUCCAAGCUCGACACCAGCAGCACGAAAAAGGAAAAGAAAAAGGCGGCUGCGGCCGCCGCAAAGGCCGCGUCUCAAGAUGCUGCUCCAUCCGUCGAGGACCCCACGGCCAACGACGAUGGCUGGGAGACCGUGCAAUACAAGAAGCGCGGGUCCAAGGCCAACGUUACCUCGUCCUAAAUGCGUGGUUCGACAUGUUUUGCGUCUUCGCAUGGGGCGUGGUGGACUGCUUGUAAGGGCCAUGUCGCCUGUUAGAUGUAGACUUUGGCAUGGCUCUGCUCGAGGCCCCUGUCGGUAUGGCGAGCGAAACAGCAAGGACUGUAAUUUAGAACUGACCCACAGUAGUAGACUCACUGAAAUCAUCCGCCUCGCGUUCCUUUCUGGAGUGCUCUACAGGGACGCCAUGGUCGGCAGAUCCCAUGAGGUAGUCUACAAAUGGAUGCCACAUGCACGACUUGUUUCAACAGCGGUUUCGUAG